UCUCUCAUAUUUUAAUUUCUAGAGGCCCUCCCCUCCCUCCCUCCGAAAGCUUCAUGAGUAUUCAACUUAUAUCAACCAUGCUUUAGUUAUGGAUAUUCGAAAGCUUCAUGAGUAUUCAACAUAUAUCAACCAUGUUUUAGUUAUGGAUUUUUUCUAUAUCAUCUUCAACUUUUUAGCUACUAGUCUCAUACUAAUCACCAUAGCCUUUUCACUUCUCAUCCUCAAAAUCUUCAUCGGAAAGUCAAUCAGAAACCCAAAAUACUCUCCGGUUGUCGGAACUGUAUUUGGUCAACUCUUCUACUUCAACACCCUCCAUGACUACCUAGCUGAUAUUGCCCGGAAACACCAUACUUUCCGGCUUCUUGCCCCUGAUCAAAGCGAGCUAUACACAACCGACGUUAGAAACAUCGAAUACAUACUUAAAACCAAUUUCGACAACUACACGAAAGGCCAGUAUAAUAAGGACAUAAUUACAGACUUGUUUGGCCAUGGGAUCUUCGCUGUUGAUGGCGUUAAGUGGAAGCAGCAGAGGAAGCUUGCAAGUUUCGAGUUCUCGACUAGGGUUUUAAGAGACUUCAGUUGUGCCGUUUUCAGAACCAACGCAGCAAAACUAGUCAUGAUCGUUUCUCAGUUUGCCAUGGUCAACGAAGUCUUUGAUAUACACAAUUUGCUGAUGAGAAGUGGCUUGGAUUCGAUUUUCAAAGUUGGGUUCGGAGUGGAUCUGGAUUGCCUAGAAGGAUCUAAUGAAGAAGGGAACUCAUUUAUCGAUGCGUUUGAUGAUUCAAAUGCUUUGACUUACUGGCGUUACGUAGAUCCCUUAUGGAAACUUAAGCGUUUUCUUAAUAUCGGGUGUGAAGCUUCUCUUAAGAAGAACAUCAAAUUGAUCAAUGAUUUCGUUCUCAAGUUGAUCAGCAGAAGACGAGAACAACUACAAACACAGAAACACCAUAAUCACAAGGAGGAUAUACUUUCAAGAUUUUUGAUCGAAAGUGAGAAGGAUUCAGACAUGGAUGAUCGAUAUCUCAUGGAUAUAAUCCUAAAUUUCAUCCUAGCUGGAAAAGAUUCUAGUGCGAAUACACUUUCUUGGUUUUUCUACAUGCUUUGCAAGAAUCCAGCAAUACAGGAUAAAGUUGUAUCAGAAAUAGAAGAACAUAUCGGGUAUCAAUUAGGAAAUGGGGACAAUGUUGAAGAUUUUGUGGAGCGGAUUAACGAUGAAAUACUUGAGAAAAUGCAUUAUCUCCAUGCGGCUUUGUCCGAAACCUUGAGGCUAUACCCUGGAGUGCCCGUGGAUGGAAGAGUUGCAGAAUCAGAUGACAUUCUUCCUGAUGGUUAUGAGUUGAAAAAAGGGGAUGGUGUGUACUAUAUAUCCUAUGCCAUGGGAAGAAUGUCUUACAUUUGGGGAGAUGAUGCUGAAGAUUUCAAGCCCGAAAGAUGGCUUAAUGAUAAUGGCAUUUUCCAACCACAAUCUCCUUUCAAAUUCGUUGCAUUUCAUGCGGGUCCUAGAAUUUGUUUGGGGAGGGAUUUCUCUUAUCGUCAAAUGAAAAUAAUGUCGAUUGCUCUUAUUCGGUUCUUGCGGUUCAAAUUAUUUGAUGAAACAAAAAGGGUGACUUAUAAAACGAUGUUUACAUUGCACAUUGAUGGAGGCCUUCAUCUCGUCGCAUUUCCAAGAACAUAAUGUAAGUUCUUUGUUCAUGGCCAUUUGGAUGUUAGAUUUGAAAACGAUUAUGUGAUAUUGAAUAAGGAUGAAAAGUGUUUUUUAAAAACGAAUUUUUUACUCCUUUUAAAAGUGAAUACUUUUAAGAAAUGUCUUACUGACUUUUAGUCCAAUCAUUUCUUUUUUAAAAGUCCUGUCAACUUAUACUUUUUGUCACCAUGUAAGACAACACAACAUCUUUUGGACUCAACAUUGUAAGAGUACAUGUACAAUUGCCAUCGGCAUCCUAGUUGGCAAAGAUUGUCGGAAACAAACAACACCCCUUGAUACCAUAUGUUGCCGGUGGCCUUGUGCCAAAGGCGAGAAUGUGUCGAUGGUCUCUCUCUCUAUCAAUUACAUUUUUUUUAAUUAAAAAAAGUUGGCUGGUAUGGAUGACAUCACAUCCUACUCAUAGACGACAAAUGUUAAAAAUUGUAAAAUCCUAUGUGGCGCCUAUAUGUCACCAAAUGUUAGAGGCAACAAAUGGCAACAUACUUUUUAGCAGCUUAGUCAUAUUUGAUAUUGACAUGAUCUCUUUCAAUCCAAGUGUAGGGUUAAGUGUAAUGGCAUAACACAAACAUUAGAGUUAGGGAUGAAGCCAAAACAUAUAAACAAAAAUAUGUAUAGAUAGUUAAUUUUGGUCGUGGUAUAUCAUAUAACAAAACUUUA